UUUAAGCACAGAAGAGAUUGAGCUAUCUAUGAGUGGGUGAGUAGAGAGGCUUGAGAGGCUACUUGGCCUGUAUGGGAACAUGGAGAGGAGGUAUGUGACCAGGAUGGAGCAGAUUAAGGAAGAGAUGGAUAAAAUUAGGAAUAAGAGAGAUGGAGAGGAAGGGGAGCAAGAGAGGACUGGCAAGUGAGGAUGGCAGUUGAAGGGGGUUUGGAAGAUUUUGAGAGCCUGGAAGGGGAAAAAUAAGUGUGAGAGAGGUAAGGAGGGGUAUGGAGUGGAGAAGACCUUCUUAGCGAAUCCCAAAGGAAUAAUGAACACAUCUCAGAUUCAAAAUUUAUGGAUCAUGACCUCUUGGAAAAGGCAAGAAAUAAGUCAUUUUGACCCUCUUGGGCUGUAAUUGAUAAACUUCAACAAUAGUCAAAUUCUAUAACAGCAUUAGCAUAUUGCAGAGCCUUGGACAACAUUUUAGACCUUAAUGGAAGAGAAAUUAAUGGAAUAGAAAGAUAUAAUGAUGUAUCCAUGAACUUCCUCCAACCAAGGUUUACCUAUUUUCUGAAGAAGACCAAGAAGAUGCCUCUUCCCUGCGUGAAAAGUGUUCUCAUAUGUGAUAUGCUGAAAUCCUGUAGGCUUGUGCAGCAUUUCCUGAAGAAUUGACUUCCCGCAUUUGGGAUUGAAUGAUUCAAACUAUGCGCUGUAAAUCAAAUAGAUAUCAGCUGCUACUUGCUCGAGAUCAUUAAAACCAGUUAUAGAAUCAGGGUAACUCUAACCCUGACAAAUUUUAAGAUAAACGGAGCCCAGCUACAGAAACUUCUAUUUGCUAACAGACACAAAGAAGAGAUAAUUUUUGAGAAAUGCAAACUGUGGCUUCAGAAGGCGCCAAGCUUGAGUAAACAUCUAAAGGGGACAACCAUUCAAUAUCUGAGUUUGUUCAACUGAGAAGGACCAGACUAGAGAGAUUGGAUCCAAUUUCCUGAUGAGUUGAAGAAUCUUAUCUCUGAGAUUUCUAGGAGUGGCUUGAAAGAUUCUUUGAGAAAAAUUAACUAUGAUUGGAAAAAGAUACUAUCUCUCAGUUGGAUCGAACAGACUUUCAAGAGAUAUGGUUUGGAUCAUGUGAGCAUUGGUGGAAAAUUCAUGCCUCAAUAAAGUAUUACU